CGUGUGGAACGCGGAACCACGGGAGUAAUUGCCAGCGUCGAAACAGUGAGACAGUGAAUAUUCGUGACAGUUUCUAAUGGCAUUGGAAGGAUUCUGAAUUAGAUUUACGAUCUAACUUGUAACUUACGAUGCUCGUGUUCGUCUCGGUGAUUAGCAUCGGAAUCGUUCGUGAAUUCGCCGAUGGGUGACGCUGGGUAUCUGACGCGUCACUGACAGAUCGGAGAGACAAUAGGAUUUUUGAAUAUUCGCGGGUUAUAAAAGACGAUUCUCGCGCUAAAAACGCGGGAAACUUCGGUAAUAGCCGUUGACAGUUGGCGUUGGUGUCGAUUCAAAAUUUACGUGAAAUCUGUUUGUGUUUGGCAUCCGGAUGACAGGUGAAUUCAACGUGGCCAGGGACGAUAUGCGAAGGAAAUAACGACGGCACACACUUGUCACGCUGUUCCGUUUAAUAACUAUAUAUUCAUUAAGAAGUGUUCGUAUAAUGAACGUGAAGGAUAAACGUAUAUAACCAAGUAGUGACUACCGUGCGAGACUGGAAUACGUUCGAAGCGUGUCGAAGGAAUAUAUCUGUGCUCAUUUAUCAGUGUAGUGUUUCUAUAGGAAUAUACUGUGAUAUCAAAGGAUAAUAGACGUCUUAAGGAUCUUUUAUAUUUGUAAUUCGCUUCUGUUCCGUUGAACCUGAAUUCCAAAAUAACCUGAAAAAUCCACAUUCUGCACUCGUCUUCGUGGAGCUUUCAUUCUCAAAAGUGCAAUACCGACUAUUGACCAUCGCUCCACGCUUUUAACCAACGAUAAAAACGAUAAAAGGAUAUCAAAUUCGUACACGGAGGGCGAAAAACAGCUUAGCUUGUCCAACAAAGGGAGCCAGCAGGUGACCACGUUGGAUUUCGCGGCGUUGGCUGCUUACGGGGGCGUUUCGGGACCCAGGGUCGCGGUGGCGGGUACCGGGGUCCUCGCGCUACCCGGCCUGAUACCCGAUAAGGGUUUAUCAUCGCCCGGAGGACAGUCGAAAACAAAGUCCGCAGGGCUGGCGGGCCUCGACAGCGAGGCGGUGCGCCGGUGGGUCGCCGAGGCCGCGCGAACCGUCCGGCAAAUUCCGCCUCCGGUUGUGAUACCAUCCAGUUCGCAGCAACACCAGCAACACCAGCAACAGCAACCUGUUCAACAGCAGCCGCAGCACAGGCAACAACAUCAUCAUUCCAUCCAUCGACAGCGCCAAGAGUCUAGCCCACCUUUGGUGGGCGCCUCCCCUUUCGUUCUGCCGUCGUCGAUGACGCAGACCCCCAGCAUGCAUCUGCUGGAGAACAACAACCUGGUGGAGGUUGCGAUGGUUCAACAGCAGCAACAGUCGCAACAGCAGAUGCAGAUGCAGCAACAGAAGCAAAAGCAGACCAGCCCGACGAACAACAACACGAUCGAGGCUUGGAGGUCUAUACAGGGUGGGCACCAAUGGUGGAGUCCACCGAGUACCGUUCAUCAGGAGCAGCAGCAGCAACAUCAACAACAGCAACAACAGCAACAGCAACAACAACAACAAGUAUCGCCUAUAGGACAGCAAGUUGUUCAAUCCCAGAGUUUGAUCGUUGGCUCGGUUUGUGGACAAGUACAGAGACAGUCGCAGAUACAGUCGGAGAUUGACCAACCUUUGGACUUUUCGGUCGGUUCCCUUCAACAACAGAGGCUACAUUCUCGCGUAAGGACUAUGUACGAGAGACUGCAGGAUAGGAUACACGAUAAUAAUAAUGGAACAACCGGUAGCGGGCAGAAGAUCGGCAGAGGGUCGGGAAGCAGGAGAAGUUACAGUCCCAGUGAGGGUAGCAGCAGCAGCAGCGAAGACGAAGGAGUCUCCACCGGCGGUAGCCCUUCCGGUCCACUUCGAGGCACCGAAAAUGACUCGUGCGAGCAGCCGAUCGCGGAUCGACCUUACGGCAAACUUUGGAUAGGCGAUAACGAGGUUGCGUGGCGGACCGAACAGUCUUUCAAGAGGACCUCACCCCUAAACCCCUGCACCAACACGACUACCACGACAACGGCAGGUGGUGGAGCACUGGCACACCCCCACCUGUCACCACCCAUUGCCGCUCCCGUGACCACUCCCGAUCACAGAAGCCCGAGCAGCCUCCACGUGAAGCUUGGAAUUUCUCCUGCAAGCGACGCGCUCGGCCGAAUCGAUAAGGAGCCAGCCUCGCCGGAAUCCAUACAAGAUGCGGAUCUUCAUGGCGAGGUGGACGGACCCGAACUCAGUGGCGACGACAGGAGUAUCACGAGUGAUAUCCAAGAUGCCACUGAGGCGAACCUCGACCAUGAUUCCAUGGACUCGGAUAGGGAAGCUCUUAAUCUGGUCACAGACGUGUCGCAUCGUAACAGCAGCAGUGGUACCAGCGGCAGCGCCUCUUCGCCUAGUUCCGGGGUGAGCAGUCAGAUAACCGGAAGUCAUCAGCAGCAACAACACACGGCAGGCCAGCAGAAUAGUAGCAACUCCCAAGCUGCACUGGCUGCUCAACUAGUCAGCCAACAAUUGCUGAUGCACGGAUCUCUGGGCGCCCUUGGACCUCAGGAGAUCCAGGCGUUGGCCUCCACGUUUCAGCAGCAACAGCAGUCUCUGCAACAACAGUUGCAGCAGUUGGCCAUGUUUCAGCAAGCCAAUUCGGCUGCUGCGGGUCAACUUCCGGCUCAAGCCCAAUUCUUCUUACAGAAUCAGGGGCUGUUGCAGAGCGGUGGCUACUCCUCAAGAUCCAGUCAUCCGCGCUCACAGUCCAUGCAGGUGCAGCAGGCAGUGGUGCAGGCAGCUCAACAACUGCAAGCUCUGCAGAAACAGCAGGCUGUACAAGGAAGCGGAGGCCUAGUUGGUCGAAAUUUAACGCAACAAAGAUCACCGCCGCCUCCUGGCACACCUCCAGCUGUGAAACAACCACCUCCAAGGCUGGAACCGUCGCCGGAAGAGACCACAGACCUCGAGGAGUUAGAACAGUUCGCCAAAACCUUCAAACAGAGGCGGAUCAAGCUUGGUUUCACUCAAGGCGACGUUGGUCUCGCCAUGGGAAAACUUUACGGAAACGAUUUUUCUCAAACGACGAUCUCGAGGUUCGAAGCCUUAAAUCUUUCCUUCAAAAAUAUGUGCAAAUUGAAACCCCUCCUACAAAAAUGGCUGGAGGAUGCGGACAAUUCAUUGAACAAUCCCGGUUCACUUUCGAACCCGCUCACAACCCCGGAAGCCAUCGGUAGGCGGCGGAAAAAAAGGACAUCGAUAGAAACGAGCGUGAGAGUGGCACUGGAGAAAGCUUUCGUGCAAAAUCCAAAACCCACCUCGGAAGAAAUUACUGUAUUAGCAGACAGUUUGGCCAUGGAAAAGGAAGUCGUUCGAGUGUGGUUUUGCAAUAGACGACAAAAAGAGAAGAGGAUCAAUCCACCAACAGCGGCGAUGGGUAGCCCAACAAUGGCGUCCCCAGCACCAUCCGUUUUCGCAUCACUUGCGAGUUCCAUGUCCGGCAGCCCUCUCGCGCUCACGACGCAUUCCUCGGGCAUGGGCCACUCUCACCCCCACCCCACACCCCUCGGUUCACCUUUACCUCUUGCCCUGGUCGCCUCAGCAGGUGGAAACUAUCAUCCACUUAGCGGCAAAUCUCACGAGUGACACCAACAGCCCGCCCAUCCAGGGGAUACUCAUUUUCAUCAACAGCAUCAGCAAUCGCAGCAGCAACAGCAACGACGUUUGUGCAAUCUACCCGAGUUCUAUCACUAAUCCGUUGGGUGGCCAAUCGCUGGCGAUGGUGCAGCGACGAUUUGGCGAAAACCCGCCACCGAUUUCGUUGCCAAAGGGAAUUUGGCGCGAUGGAACCGACGGGUUCGAGCAAUACAGGGCCAUGCGAGUGGAGUGGAUGAAGACGGCAUGAUACGAUUCGAAGAAAAACAUAUCCUGAUGUCAAGAAGUCUUUGGAAGAGGUUCAUUUGGGAAGAGGAUGGGGAGAGAAGAGGAACAUUUGCCGGAGAAGAAAAUAUCAUUGGUUUCCUCGAAUAUCAUUCAAAGUAUCUCGUGAAGAGUAUACGAAUCGUGAAGAGACGUUGAGGGGAAAGAUGAAACGUCGACGAGAGACUUUUAGAUAGUUAUUUAAAAAUACAUAGAAGGUAGAACACAUUCGACAAUUUUAAUUUUCAUAUUUCGUUAAAUACUUUUUGUAUUAUCCUCACAGUAUUAUCUUCGAAAUUUUUAUUGAAAUUAUGUGGAACGUAGACUUCGAAGCUUGUCAGGAUUAAUGUGAUUAUUAAAAAAUAAUGCGGCUCAACUUUGACUCAGAAUUAAAAUACAACGAAAUGGCUUUGAAGUCCUCGUUUUUUGCAUAGUAAAUGGUGCAGGAUCGUUGCCGCUGUUCAACGUUUAUUUACAAUUAAUAUACAACAAACGAACAACAUUAAAAUUUUAAUUAAUUUC